AUCUUAGGUGUGGCAAAGCUAACGGGAGUACUUACUUGUUGCCGAAGUGCCGAAAGAAGGUGCUGGAACCGAAAACACAGCAUUGGUUCAUGUAUUUAUUAACAUUCAUACUCACAGUCAUACUUGUGCAAGGGGUGGCCAAACACAUCGUGAGGUCAGCGCCCCCCGUGCCCUGCUGGUGCCAAACGCUGUGCCACAUGCGAAUCAGGGCUCCCAGGCCGCUGUCACAUCAAAAAUGCCGUCUACAAAAUUACAUGUAAUCUUUGUGACAAUGAAAGUACUAUUUACAUUGGCGAAACAAAAAGGCGCAUCCGUGACAGAUUCAAUGAACACUUUCGUGACGCUAAGAACAAGGCAAAAAACACCCCUCUUGGGGAUCACGUUACCCUAAGACACCCAUCAUGUACAAUCACAUCAUCGUCAUUCAAAAUCUCCAUUGAAAGAGUGUGUAAAGACGUCGUUGAUUUAAAAAUAUCCGAAUCAGUGGAAAUAAGGAACCAAAAACCAUGUUUGAACACCCAAACUUCAUCCUGGCCACUUCUGCAGCGUCCAUCGUACACCCCCACAUAACUAUAUUGUACAUAUCCACAAAUUGAUUGUGACAACUACUGUCUGAUUGUGCCGUUGAUUUAGGCUGCGCCAAACAAUGUGAUGAUUCAUGCAGAUUCUAUGUUGUUAUUUUGUAUAUUGUAUAUUGAUCUUGUGUGUUGUAUAUUGUACAUGUAUCGUAGAUAUCAUGGACGGCGCAUCGUUAUUUCGAGAGCCAUGUAUAUAUGAAAUUAUUCUCUCAUCAAGGAGCUGAUUGAAGCGCUGCACGAUUUAUUGAUUGAUGGAAUCGAAUUUUGUUUGUUUGUGUCGACAAUUGUUUCUGUACAUUCUGAAGAUGGCGCAAGCCGAAAUAUAUCAAUGAUUUUGUUUAAUUAUUCAAUUUCAACAAAAAAGUGCAAAGAAUGAGCAUAAGGUUAUUUAUACAUACUUUUCUACUUAUGAUGAUGCUAAAAGGUGCCAUUGCUCGCCUACAAAAACCUAAACAAACCUAACCCAACCUGACCUAACCUAACCUACAACCUACAAACCUAAACCCUACAAACCUACAAACCUACCCUACAACCUACAAACCUACAGCGCCUCUCCUCAGUUUGAAAACCUUCGUGUGGCAUCUGCUCUACUAAUGCCAAUAAUCUUUCAUGCAAAUCUCCAUCGACUGCUAAGCAUAAGCACACAGCGGGCUUUAGGACCCCAUAGUCCCUCCCCUGACUGCUAUCAAACAUAGGCUAGGUAUCUUCAUCCUGCUCAACAUGCUUCAGUCUUUAAAAGACCACCUACUCCAAAGGGUCACUUUCAGUUUCAUCUUACCCUAUUUCAGAGGAAAUGGGCAUCAAAUGUUCUUGCAAAAAAAACUUGGGAUAAAUGCGAUUCACUGGGAUAAAUAGGAAUAUUGUGACAAUGGGUGUAGAGAAGCCUGAAGCUUAUGAUGAUUUAUGACAUGUAAAAUUAAUUGUCCCAUCUUUCACAUUUUUCAGGUUGUAUUGAUUUGUAAGUGAUAUACUUGUAUCCAGCACAUUUAUAACAAGUAACAAUGGCUUCUUCAAGUAAGCAGCCGGAGGACCACCGUCGCAAGUGGGACCGUGACGAGUAUGAGGCGAUUGCGGCGCGCCGGCUGCAGGAGGAGGAGGCCAAGCGCGAGGCGGCCGACCAGAAGGGGCCGCCCGUGCAGCGCGAGCUGCUCCGCCAGCGCGAGUACAAGGUCGACCUCGACAGUCGACUCGGCAAGAGCGUGGUCAUCACCAAGACCACUCCGGCCGCCCAGUCCGGCGGGUACUAUUGCAACGUGUGCGAUUGCGUAGUCAAGGACUCCAUCAACUUCCUUGAUCACAUCAAUGGAAAGAAACAUCAGCGCAAUCUGGGCAUGUCGAUGCGAGUGGAACGGUCCUCGCUAGAUCAAGUAAAAAAGAGAUUCGAGAUGAACAAGCGGAAACGCGAAGAGCAGAAGAAAGAAUACGACAUGGAGGAGCGAUUGAACGAAAUCAGAGAAGAGGAGGAGAAACAGAAGGAGUACCGACGCGACCGGCGGAAGGACAAGAAGAGGAAGACGGCCGACCCGGUGGACGACGAGCCCGUCGACCCGGCGCUGGCCGCCAUGAUGGGAUUCUCCGGGUUCGGCGGCGCCAAGAAAAAGUGAUGCGGCUCUGACGAAGGUCAGUGUACAGUUACACCACCCUGAAGCGACACCCGUGACCCGAGUGUACCAUGGCCGUCCACUAGCCGCCAUGGGACUGAUCAUGCAGUAAAAAGAUUGCUGCAAACGGACCGGGCGGCUUGUCACAGACUUCGCACCGUCCGAACUUGUGGGUGUGAGUUACUUUCUUCACCGGGCGUGAAUAACUUUCUUCACGUCAUGGCCCAUUGUGAGGUUAGGCGUGUUGCACAGGAGGAUAAGUCGGCUCUGGGGGCAGCCAAACAAGGCUGAAACUCUUCCUCGGGGGACUGUGACGUAACACAUAGACGCCUCACGUAUGACGUUCGCUGCGCGGUCUGCGCUGUUCACUGGUGAGUACAAGCCUGUCGAUAGGGUGAGAGGGUGUGAGAAGGCAGGUCUGGUGUAAACGCUCACUGUGGGAGCCGCCGAACGCAUUCUCAUGCAUGUGUGCGACGUGGCUCAGCGGGUGCGUCCUCUGCGUAAGAUGUCUGAAUGUCGCGGGGCUGGCUGAGGCGUGGUCACACGUGUGGUUGUGUGCCAACGCUUGGAUGUGUUUCGUAUCUGCAGGCGGCACCUGGUGAACGUAGAGCUGGAUCGUUUAUGGACAAUUUCCUCAUUGUAACUGGCAUCGAUAUGUGCAAAACGAUAUGGUCCUACCCGGUUAUCGUUGCUGGCUCGUGUUCAUAUGUGUAGUUAACUGCUGCGCUCUUUUUGUGGAAAAAAUGCCUCGAGUUGG